AUGCAGCUAUGAGAUUAUUAUUUAAUGUGGAUGCACAGCAGUCAGCUAAAACACAGUUGGUUUAAGUGCUGUGUGAAUUGGGUGCUCUAGCUGUUUGCAAAGAUUACUUCAUUUCUCCAGGUUCUUUUAAUUUGACAUUUCCCAUGGUGCCUUCAAGCUAAACAUGUAAAGCUGUGCUGCAUCCUGUUUUGUUUUUCAGAUGGGCCCAUCUUUUGGUAACACAACAUUCCAGUCGAAAAUAACGGAGACAGCUGAUAUAUUUGUCGGAGUAUGUUAUAUGGUUUUUGGAAUAUGCUCCGUGUGUGGGAACAGUAUUCUCCUAUAUGUCUCCUACAAGAAAAGGAGUUUAUUGAAACCAGCAGAAUAUUUAAUUAUUAAUCUUGCCAUCAGCGACCUUGGCAUGACUCUGACAUUGUACCCUCUAGCUGUAACCUCCAGCCUUUCACACAGGUGGCUGUAUGGGAAACAGAUUUGCUUGUUCUAUGCAUUUUGUGGAGUGCUGUUUGGGAUCUGUAGUCUCUCAACACUGACAUUACUGAGCACUGUUUGCUGCCUCAAAAUUUGUUUUCCACCUUAUGGGAACAGGUUCAAGAGAGAACAUGGACAAAUCUUGAUAGCCUGUGCUUGGACUUACGCAGCAGUUUUUGCCUGUUCUCCCUUAGCUCACUGGGGAGAAUAUGGAGCAGAGCCAUAUGGCACAGCCUGCUGCAUUGACUGGCGUUCCACCAAUGUAGACGCCAUGGCCAUGUCUUACACAUUAGUCCUCUUUGUUUUCUGUUUUGUUCUCCCUUGCGGAGUAAUUGUGACUUCCUACUCUCUUAUUCUGGUAACUGUGAAAGAAUCCAGGAAAGCAGUGGAACAGCAUGUCUCCGGCCCUGCCAGGAUGAGCAGUGUGCAAACCAUUACUAUCAAGCUGAGUGUUGCUGUCUGCAUUGGGUUUUUUGCUGCCUGGAGCCCUUAUGCAGUCAUUGCCAUGUGGGCGGUUUUUGGAUCAAUAGAUAAGAUUCCUCCAUUAGCCUUUGCUGUGCCAGCUGUCUUUGCAAAGUCCUCCACACUCUACAAUCCAGUUAUCUAUCUUCUCCUGAAGCCCAGUUUCCGAAAGACCAUUGCCAAAGAUUUCACAGUUCUUCAACAGUUGCUCACCAGGAGCUGGUUUUCUGUCAAGGCCCCGCAGAAUUACAGAUCAGCUAUGAACACCACCCACAGAACUUUUAAGGGCAAAACCGAAUCCACUUGUAAUUCUCUGCCAAUUGUGGAAGAAUGUUCUUAUUUCUCCCAUGCAAAGUGCAGCGAUAGUUUCAGAUGCUUUCUAAGCUAUCCAAAAUGCUGCCAGGGAAGCCUAAGUGAUAUGGAAUGCCCUCCUCAAGAAACUGUGGCCUUGGAGAGCAACCUCCAAGCAAAAGUGAGACAGACCAAUAGGAAGUCAGUAAAGGUGGUUGUGUCGGGAGGAAAAAGCACUGAAAUCGAUUCCUUGGAGAUUGCCUUGGAAGCAGUACCUGUGUGUCAUACAUUCACAGACCUCUAG